UGUGAUUACAACAUGAGCAGCGGAUACACUCGAGUUUACAUUGGUCGCCUCCCAAGAGAUAUCACUGAACGUGAAGUUGAGCGUCUUGCCAGAGAAUUCGGUCGCAUUCGUGACGUUCGAUGCCUCAAUGGAUUUGCCUUUGUCGAAUACAGCGACUCCAGGGACGCUCGAGACUGUGUUCGUGAGCUUGAUGGUUCUCGCUAUGAUCGGGAGAGGCUGUCAGUCCAGCCUGCCAAGUCUGGAUCUGAUCGUCGUGAUCGUCCUGCUUCUUCAAGUCUACGUCGAGGUGAUUACGGGAUUGUUGUCCAAGGUCUGCCUGCUAGAACUUCGUGGCAGGAUCUGAAGGAUUUGUUCCGCAAGGUCGGCGAUGUCAUUUUCACCAACAUUGAUAAUAGUGGAGAUGGUAUUGUCGAAUUCACCAGCGAGACUGACAAGAACUCUGCCAUUGAACAGUUUGACAAGACUGAAUUUCAAGGUGCUGUGAUUUCUGUCAAGGAUCGUGAUGCUGCCAAUGGAAAGGACAGCGACGCCAGACGCUCUCCUGAUCGCCGUGGCUCACCCGGCCGUCGUAGCUCACCCGGCCGUCGCAGUUCUCCCCGCCGAGAUCGCUCUGUUUCUCCUCGUCGUGAUCGUUCUGUUUCCCCCCGUCGUGAUCGCUCUGUUUCUCCUCGUCGUGAUCGCUCUGUUUCCCCCCGUCGUGAUCGAUCCAUCACACCUCCUCGCCAUCAUUCCGAGUCUCCCAAGCGAGACUAGUUUCAUUUUGUUUUCCAUCAAAAGUAACAUUUGCCUUUUACGUGAUAUUUGCUACCUAAUAAAAAUUUGAUUGCAAUAUCUAUUUUAGAUAUUGCGAUUCU